AUGGAUGUGGAGGGGAGCGCGAGGGGCUGGCAGUUGGUUGGCGAAGGGGGAAAGAAGUUCGCGAGAUGGCGGGGGGCGGUGGAGGUGUGUGAGGAGGAGGGGGCAGGAGAAGCUUCCCGCCUGGAGCGAGAUUCAACAGGGGAGAAGCCGAUUGAAGUUGAGGAUGGAGGAGAAAAGAACCUGGAAAACUUAGAAAAUUUCAAGAAGUUCACGAGAGACAGGGGAGGAGGAAAACACAUUCUUGUCGAUGAAGUUCCCCUCACACUUGGAUACCAGGAGGCCAUUAAUACAAGAGAACUUUCCUCACACUGGAAUUGGCUGGUAGAAAUGAGAAAUCAUGUCAGCUCAAUGACUUUCGCCUUUAGACCCAAUGACGAGUCCUACACGAAGGACUUCCUUCUCAAGGAUGUCAAUCCAGGAGAUGACAAGCAGCUGUUAUCCUUGAAGAAGGCUUUUGAAGAGCAUCUUAACAUCCAAUUCUCGCAUCCGAUGGAUUUUCGUGGCUACGAGAGUUCCGUAGUGAUCUCCAUCAACCCUACCGAUGAAUGGCUGCUGGAAGUAGUUUCGAGGAGCAGGCUUCAAUUGAUCAUAAUGGACAACGACCCAUCCCAUGAUGACUUAUGGGAGACAAUGGUUCGAGAGAAGCGACUCCAACCUCAGGGUGUCCGCAUUUCUGAAGAUGUUGAGAAACGCAAAUUAAAGUCACUCCUCAACUUUGAUCAUGAAGGAAAGUUUCUCAAGAGCACUUCCAUGAGGCGUGCUUCGGGGCAGCGGAAUCAGGAAUGGACUCUAUCGGAAAUUCGACCCAAAUGGAUCCCGCGACGUAACAGGCAUGUCUUGCUGGGUCCGCUGCUCGGCAAUGGAGAAGUUGCUGAUGUGCACACGUUAGGUGAAGGAUUAACAGUGACAUCUACAUUGCGACCCAGUCAAUGA